AGAAAAGAAAAGAAAAACCCAAAUGGCAGCAAGGCGCGGAAAUUAUGCUGGCCGUCGUUCAUACCAAGACUUUGAUCCCUUGUUGGAAUGGAUACAAGAGGAAGGUUCCGAUACUCUUGUCCUCCACCUUCCAGGUUUUAAGAAGGAAGAAGUGAGACUUCAACUUGAUCGUUUCGGAAACUUGAAGAUAACUGGAGAACGAAACGUCGAAGAAAACACAUGGAUCCGUUUCAUAAAAAAUGUUCAGGUUCCGGAGGCCAACUAUGACAGCGACAAACUUCUUGCAAACUUUGAGAGCGAAAUACUUAAAGUCACAAUGCCCAAGAUAAUCAUUCCAACCCAACUCCAACCUAAACCAACCCCACAAAAAUCACCCAGUGUUAGCAAACCAAAGCUCCAAUUACCAUCACCAACCCAAAACCCAGCAGUUAUAACUCAACCACAAAUGAAGGAACAGGAACAGGAACAGGAACAGAAACAGAAACAGAAACAGAAACAGGUUGACGGGAAUGCUAGAGGCAAAAAGGUUACCGGCGAAGAAAACGAAAGAUAUGAAUCGGCGGAGGAAUGUGCCGAUAAUGGUUCUGCAAGAGUGAAGGAUGGCUCAAUCGCAAGAGUAGCGGCCUCUGGUAUGGAGUUGCGUGGGACUAAACAAAUGAUUGUGAACGUAAUUGUUGAUGCCUUGGUGGUGUUGGCACUACUGAUGUAUUUGAAAUAUAGUCUAGCCUCCUCUAAAAGAGCCACAUGCGACUAA